AUGUCUGGAGUUCAGGGUUCUAAUCCCAGUCUAGCCCCUCGGUCUGGAGUUCAGGGUCCUCAUCCCAGUCUAGCCCCUCGGUCUGGAGUUCAGGGUUCUAAUCCCAGUCUAGCCCCUCGGUCAGGAGUUCAAGGUUCUAAUCCCAGUCCAGCCCCUCGGUCUGGAGUUCAGGGUUCUAAUCCCAGUCCAGCCCCUCGGUCUGGAGUUCAGGGUUCUAAUCUCAGUCUAGCCCCUCGGUCUGGAGUUCAGGGUUCUAAUCCCAGGAUAGCCCCUCGGUCUGAAGUUCAAGAGAGACAGACAUGCUCUCACAACAGUACAGAGGAAAAGACAUGCUCUAACAAAAGUACAAAGGGAAAGACAUGCUAUAACAACAGGACAGAGGGAAAGACAUUCUCUAACAACAGUAUUGAGGGAAAGACAUGCUAUAACAACAGAACAGAGGGAAAGACAUUCUCUAACAACAGUAUUGAGGGAAAGACAUGCUAUAACAACAGGACAGAGGGAAAGAAAUGCUCUUACAACAGUACAGAGGUAAAGACAUGCUCUAACAACAGUACAGAGAGACAGACAUGCUCUAACAACAGUACAGAGGGAAAGAAAUGCUCUAACAACAGUACAGAGGGAAAGACAUGCUCUAACAACAGUACUGAUGGAAAGACAUGCCCUAACAACAGUACAGAUGGAAAGACAUGCUCUAAGAACAGUACAGAUGGAAAGACAUGCUCUAACAACAGUACAGAGGGACAGACAUGCUCUAACAACAGUACAGAGAGACAGACAUGCUCUAACAACAGUACACAGGGAAAGAAAUGCUCUAACAACAGUACAGAGGGAAAGACAUGUUCUAACAACAGUACAGAGGGAAAGACAUGCUAUAACAACAGUACAGAGGAAAAGACAUGCUCUAACAACAGUACACAGGGAAAGACAUGCUCUAACAACAGUACACAGGGAAUGACAUGCUCUAACAACAGUACAGAGGAAAAGACAUGCUCUAACAACAGUACACAGGGAAAGACAUGCUCUAACAACAGUGCAGAGAGAAAGGCAUGUUCUAACAACAGUACACAGGCUUCGUCAUCAGAGACACAGAAAGCUUCGUCAUCAGAGACACAGAAAGCUGCGUCGUCAGAGACACAGAAAGCUUUGUCAUCAGAAACACAGAAAGCUGCGUCAUCAGAGACACAGAAAGCUGCGUCAUCAGAGACACAGAAAGCUUCGUCAUCAGAGACACAGAAAGCUUCGUCAUCAUGCAGAGACACAGAAAGCUUCGUUAUCAGAGACACAGAAGAAAGAAGAAUGAAUAUACAGAAUAGUCACUAUUCACAUGAUUCACUUUGA